GCUAUCGAUCCUCACCCACUAACCGUACUGGUAUUCCUGGUCGAAGCACAAGCAGCCUUAAUCUGUUGCAACGAACCUGAACCAGCAGUCAUUUAACUUCGACAUACUACGCCUCAGGAGCAUCAUCGUAUAGUACUCUCAGUCUCUCUGGUCGGAGCUCUCCAAUAGCACUACCUUCAAGGAGGACCAACUACAAACUAGCGUUUUAUAAUUUUCUCCACGCUCCUGCACCAAAAAGAUGAUCUACUGCAACAAAAUGGUCCACCUGAUCCUCAACAUGAAGGCGGUGUUCCUCCUUCUCUCCAUGUUAAUCUUCAUUUUCGGGCAAAAAGUCAGCGGGGUGUUCUGGAAGACGAAGACAGUCGACCCGGUGUCGUCCUCGUGGCCGGGGGCUCCUCCUUCUGCUGCGGUCCUUCCAGGCGGAAUAUGUUGCGGGGUUGCGUCUGCGUCGUCGGCGGCUGCGGCAGGUGCAGUUCGAGUAGUUCCUCCGACCACUAGAUCGGGUUGGAACUACCAAGCAAGGGAAACAACUUUUCCGCCCUACCUACUGCUAGUACCUCAGGUCGUUCAGGUGGACCAGCACGGGCGGCCGCAGGGCGGCCAACAUCAACCGAAGAACUCCUGUUGCCUCCGCUUCAAAAAUUAUCUCGUCGGCUUGGGAAUCUGCGUUGUCGCCGUUCCUACUGGGAUAUAUCUGGAAUUAUUGAGCGAGGAGCGACCGCCUUGCGGCGACGCCGAGUACAAACUCUUCGAUGUUUGGGGUCAUCGCUACUGUCUACCACAAAGCGAUUUGCAGUGCCCGUGGACUUUUGACGAGCGGAUGAAAACUGUUGCACCUUCUGACGUCGUGAGCCAGACCUUGCAGCAGAUCACGGACUGUGUCAACCGCGAACUACUGCCCGGGGAAGAAGGCACUAACGCCUCCACGUACUUUCUCGGGCCGAAGGUCGGCUGGUACAGAAACAGGGCGCGGAGCUUUCUUGUCUCCAACAUUCCAACACCCUGGGUCGCGGGCUCGACGUCUUCCACCUCUUCGAGCGGUAGUUCUGACCCCACCCAGCAGGCGCUACAACUCGAGCAUGAGCUCUGGGAGCACUUGCGGAAUGUACUCGAACAAGAAAUGCAAAAAAGUGGAAAUAACCUCGGAGGAGGUCCUCUGAGACCUCUCGAACAAGACGAAGUGCUGAAAAAGAUGCUUUCCGAUCUUCUGCCAGAAGGAACAUCACCAACCGACAGCUCCUACGUCACGGUCGUUGAUGGUGACGGGGUCUGCAAGUCGUUUCUAGUGGUUUGCGCCUUGGACCAACAAGAAGGUUGGGGUCCUUUCACGAAGACAAUGGGGUGCGAGCCGGCUCUGUCGCACAUGAAUAGGCAGGACCGGUCUUCCUUGAAAGAGAAGUUUGGGGUUCCUCAGGGACUCGAAUUAGAGCCGCGGCACGUGAUCGCGAAAUGCAUUAAAGAUGUGGCACGAGGGCCGUCUACUGCCACUACUGCAGCUCCUGUGACGGCGUGGUCGGAUCUAGGACGUCGAGUGUCCUCGUCGGCAGGAGGAGGCGACGUGGUCAUGGAGCAGGAUGGAAAAAAUGCAGGAGAAAAAACGGCAGGACCAGGAGUUCUUGUACAACUGGGAGCAGACAAAUGAAAGCCAAUGAUGGUGAUCAUAUCUCGCGUCGUCGAGGUCGACUCGAGCUCUAAUACAGUUCGUCAAAAAGAAAUAAAGUACACCUUAACUGUAGACUCACGGUCCUCACGUCGAGCAGGUCAGUACCGACAAGAAGUCCCAAGGUCUACUUUCUGUUGAUCGGUAGAUCUUGCCACUUGAACACUUGUGUCUUGCCUUUACCCGCGGGUGACAAAAAACUUCUUCCUGAUUGUUUUGCUCAAUCUUGAGCCAACGGCUCACAACAAAAUUAUACAGGUUGCAUCGUGUCUCACAUGUUCCAGGGUCUAUCUAGAUGUGAAUCAACGUAAUGAAACCUAGUGGCCGAUUGGCAAAAAAACGGGUAGGCAAAAGUAAAAAAACAUUCCCCAAAAAACGAUUUCUUCAUGCGACUCGGCGAUAUCAGUACGAUGUACACGAUUCAGAAAAAAGCUCAACCGAGUAGUCACGACCAAGAAGAAAGCAAGAUCUUGACCGAUGAAGAUAGGUGUGAACAUUCUGUGAACAACACCCCUCCUCAAACUAGUCACUAGACCUGGUUUUUGCCUGGAAGUGUAAAACUCUGGUCGUGCUCGUUUGCUGUGUAAAUGAAACUCAUACUGUAGGUAAGAUAAAUGCUACUGCUACUGAUGUUGCUUGUGGUAGAAGAAAAAUACUUUACUAUGACUGGAUGACAAAUUUGCAUGACAGAUCGGCAACUGUUCGCUUGUUUCCUGGACUUCAUGAAUUAAUUUUUAUACACGGGAAAUCUUCAAGAGUUAAUCAUACUGAGGAGGAAGUUAUGAACUUUUAUUGGUAGUGAUUUUGUCAGGAUGUCUGCGUACUGGUAUUUGGUUGACACAUGGAUUACUUUUAUUUCGUUCUUUGCAUGUAGAUCUUUUACAAAAUUGUAUCUGAUGUCUAUGUGCUUGGUUUUUCUCGUGCUAUCGGUUUGCGAAACAAGGUCUAUACAAGAUUUGUUGUCUUCAAAGAUUGGCGUCGGUGAUUCCUUCACGUCGGGAAUUUUCGCUGUCUUAUGCAGGCUGGAUAAAAGUUGCCUGUAGUACAGUAUUUCUCGCGAGCAUUCGCUCACUGCGUAGUACUCCGCUUCGGUACUACUCAGGGAAACAGAUUUUUGCGUGAUGCUCUGCCAAAAAAUCAAGUUACCGGCAAAGAAAAUCAAAAUCCCGGACGUGGAUCGGCGGUCUUCAGAAUUGCCCCAAUCGGCGUCGCUGAAGCCUAUGAUCUCGUCACCGGAUGGCACAUGCGUACAGGCCUGAAUUUCUAGCGGUUUAUCACCGCGGAAAACGACACCUCGAGCAGGUCAGCACCGCGGUUCCUCACGUCGAGCAGGUCAGUACCGACAAGAAGUCCCAAGGUCUACUUUCUUGACGUACAACUUAUUGAUCAUUCUUACGCAAAAGAGGAGUAGUUGAGCGCUUUUUGAUAUUGAAACGCAAACACAAGUUUUCCAUCAUGAAACAAGCAGUUUUCGAAACUAAGAGAAUUUUUCGUGCUUGUCGACGAAGAUGUUCUUGAAACUCUAGAUUUACAGCUGACGAGUCUGAAGUAAUGGCACAG